AUGAAAACCCGCGACAACGCUGGCAGCGGCGCAGGCGGCGCGCCUUCGGACUCUCGACUUGGGGCCGCCAUGGGGUGGGCGCGCGCCGCCACCGGCAAGAUGCACAUGAUGCUGCUGCACUCCCUGGGCUGGGACGAGAAGAACAUCCCCGCCACCAGCCUACAGAUUAUUGAGAAGCUGGGGGAGGGCGGCUUUGCAGUGGUGGAGAAGGCGUGGUACACGCCGUCGCCGGGCGCGGACGAGCGGCUGGUGGCGGUGAAGCGCAUGCGGCCGCAGCUGGCUGAGGAACCUGGCCAUUACGAAAUGUUUCAAAUGGAGAUUGCCCUCGCCCGCAAGCUGCGACACCGCAACAUUGUUGGCUACGUGGGCUGCGGCGGCGGCGCCGCGGCGCGGGACGCGGCCAACACAUUCUUUGUGCAGGAGCUGAUGCAAGGCGGCACCCUGAGGCGCCUCGUCAUGCGCCAGAUGCUGCAAAACCCCACAGCCAUAUACUCGGACGCGGCUGGCCUGGACAUCUGCCUGCAGUGA